GAUAGCAAAUAGUCUUUCUUGUCUUCUAAAGGGUUCUUGAAAACUUAGACCUCUAUAAGCGCUUUUCGGGACCAAUGAAUGCAAUGCAAUCAUUGAUGUCAUUAUAACAAUUCAUCAUGCAGGCGCAAGGCUUUAACCCCGCGGCAAAUAUCCACUCUGUCAGUGAAACACAGGCUAACUUCAUCAAUAGCAGGAUUCAGAAAGUUGAGCGCCACUUUGGCCUUCUGUGCAGAGGAGUAGCAGUCAUUGCACGAAAAAAUGCAAAGUGCAGAGAUUCAAUGGACGAUUUGGCAAGAGUUAUUGUGGGAUAUGCGGACACAGAAACGCUCAAUAGAACAAUGAGAACCCAAGUUACCCAUCUGGCGGACACGCUGUGCGGGAUUGCCGAUAUUCAACAGAUAUUAGUUGAAAAGUUGGAACUGAGGAUAGUGGGAGGGCUCUCCACAUACAAGGACGCCUGCAAGCAUGCCAAAGGUGACCUGGCUUCAACAUUUAAGGCCCAGACAAGGGAAAUGCGAACAAGCAACAAACUGGAGGCCAUGCGUGCGCGGGCCCCUGGAGACUACAGACAGAUUGCCAUGGCCGAAACGGAGCUGCAGAGGGCCGCCAUUGACGUGGCUCGGACUCACGCUGCCCUGGAGGAGAGCAUGGAGUACUUCGAGAUGAAAAAGCUUCGCGAUCUCCGACGGUUCCUUCUGGAGUUCUGUCACGCCAAAAUCCAGUACCACGCGCGUAACAUCGAGAUGUACUCGCGCGCUUACUCGCUGAUCCAAGAGAUCGACAUUGAAGGCGACCUGGAGGACUUCCGCAAGGCCAUGAAGUUCCCGGCCAGCACACUGCCGCGCCACCCCACCGAAGUGAUACAGAGCGCAGCCGCCAUGUCCUCCACCGGCUCCAGCAGACCCGACCUGGCGGCGCUCAGCUCCAGCCGCCUCGCCGGCUUCGACCGCCCCACCCCACGCUUCGCCGCCGGCAACGAGAACUCGCCGUACAACAGGGGUGAGCGGCGGCGCUCGCAGUCGAUGGACCGCGAGCACGGCGCCCGGCUGCGCGUGCAGUCCCGACCCCGCAUCACAGACGACGACGUGUUCCAGCACUCGUACGCCAACCUGGCGUACUCGGCGGCCAGGGCCUCGCGCAGCCGCUCCUCCUAGCUCGCGCGGCAGCAUCGGCCGGAGGAGGUGUGGCGCCGGCGGGCACGCCGGACCGCGAGGAACGGACUACGUGUGCACAUUUGUACAGAAGUGUGUGUACAAACCCGUCGCGCUCAGUUUCAGUAUCCAUGUUUGCAGAAUGGGUGUCAUGAGAAGCGUCAGUUGAUGCUCAGUUUCAGCUGGCGAAGUGCAUGCUUUAACUUGGUUGUUUGCAUAGUGGAGUGCUGUUGUGGUCCGGCAAG